AGAAAAUUUUUUUUUUUUUUCUUUUUCUUUUUAUAAACCGCCUUUGGAUGACGCGUGGCCAGAAUUUAUUGAACUCACCCUGUCCGUAUGCAAGAGGUCAAUCAAUCAGUCAAGUCAAGAAAUCCACCUGACAAUAAUCUCGCGCGAAGGGUUCUCUCUCUCCUUCGAACAAGCCUUUGAACCUUGGGCUCACCAUCUCCCUACGUUGAGCUUCCAGAAACUUCCAAUUCUCCAAACCCUUCUUUCCUUCUUCGGCUCUGUCAUUUGUUCUUCCAUGGCUUCUGCAUUUACUACUCUAUCUAUUAAACCAUGCACUUGUUCGUUUACAAACAGGCUGUCUUUGUCUCAUCAUCUGGUUCGUUCUGCACCUUUUGUUUCUUCAUACCUUCGAUCUCGUAUCAAACCAAGCGCUCCUCGAUGGCCCUCUGUUUCUGAAACAGUGAGGAAGAGGGGUGACCUCCUUCCUGUAAGGGGAGCAAUGGGGGGUAUGAAAUUCAGAGUAAUUGAAGGUGAUCCGCCAGAGUACUGCCUCUGUGUAGUUCCCCCGGAGGCAAGUGAGGAUCGAUUAGACAAGGAUGGUUAUGAUGGUGUUGGUGGAGUCGGUCAACAGAUGGCAGAGAUUCGGGAGAUAGUAGAGUUGCCACUGAGGCAUCCACAAGUAUUUCAUUCAGUUGGUGUGAAGCCACCUAAAGGGAUUCUCUUAUAUGGGCCUCCAGGAUCCGGAAAGACUUCAAUAGUGAGAGCUAUUGCUAAUGAAACUGGUGUUUCAUUCUUCUGUAUAAAUGGACCAGAGCUUAUGUCUCAAUAUUUCGGAGGGAGUGAAAGCAAUCUCAGGAAAGUAUUCGAGGAAGCACAGAAGAAGGCUCCAUCGAUUAUCUUUAUUGAUGAGAUUGAUUCUAUUGCUCCCAAUCGAGAGAAAACUCGUGGGGAAGCUAUUGAGAGGGUUGUUUCCCAGCUGUUAACCCUUAUGGAUGGUGUUAAGCGCCGCGAUCAUGUUGUUGUGAUUGGUGCUACUAAUCGUCCUAACAGCAUUGACCCUGCCCUGAGAAGGUUUGGUAGAUUUGAUAAGGAAAUUGAAAUUGGUGUUCCGGAUAUAGUUGGGCGUCUUGAGGUUCUUCGAAUCCAUACGAAGAACAUGAAGCUUGCUGAAAAUGUUGAUUUAGAAAAAAUUGCCAAAGACACGCAUGGAUAUGUUGGUGCUGAUUUAGCAGGUCUGUGCACUGAGGCUGCACUCCAAUGCAUCAGAGAGAAGAUUGACUUGAAAAAUGAGUCCAUAGAUGCUGAGAUACUCAACUCCAUGGUUGUUACGAAUGAGCACUUCCAACUACAAAUUGCUACGGGAAAGAGCAAGCCAUCAAUUCUGCGUGAAACAGUUGUUGAAGUGCCCAAUGUCAGUUGGGAAGAUAUUGGAGGCCUUGAGAAUGUUAGGCAGCAGCUUCAAGAGGCCAUCCAGUAUCCCAUGGAGCAUCCUGAAAAGUUUGAGAAGUUUGGUGUGUCAGCCUCAAAGGGAGUUCUUUUCUAUGGCCCACCAGGAUGUGGGAAAACUCUUCUGGCCAAGGCUGUUGCCAAUGAAUGUCAGGCCAACUUUAUCAGUAUUAAGGGUCCGGAAUUGCUUACCAUGUGGUAUGGAGAAAGUGAGGCUAAUGUUCGAAAAAUAUUUGAAAAGGCUCGCCAAUGUGCUCCUUGCGUGCUAUUCUUUGAUGAGCUGGAUUCAAUUGCUACUAAGAAGGGGCACAAUUUAGUAGAUAGUGGCGCUUCUGACAGGGUUUUGAAUCAACUGCUAACGGAGAUGGAUGGAAUUUCUACCAAUAAAAUGGUUUUUGUUAUUGGAGCCACCAACAGGCAUGAUCUUAUUGAGCCUGCACUUUUGCGUCCUGGCCGUUUUGAUCAAUUGAUUUAUAUCACCUUGCCUGAUGAAGAAUCUCGCUAUCAGAUUUUCAAGGCUUGCCUUAGGAAAUCUCCUGUUUCUGAAGAUGUAGACCUGGGAUCCCUUGCUAAGAACACCCAAGGCUGCAGUGGUGCUGAUAUUAUGGAAAUAUGCCAACGUGCUUGCAAAUAUGCGAUAAAAGAGGAAAUUCAGAAGCAGCGUGAGAGGGAGAGGAAGAGAAGGGAGAAUCCAGAGGCUAUGGAGGAGGAUGUAGAAGAAGAAGAGGUGUCAGAGGUCAAGGCUGCCCAUUUUGAUGAAUCAAUGAAAUAUGUGCGUAGGAGUGUAAGUGAUGAUGUCAAUGAUAUGUACCAGGCAGUUGUUGCAGGGGCUCUGAACUGACCAUUUCUUAACCUUUGUUCAACAAGCACACAGACACCUUUGAAGGCAACAAUUGUAUUAAGACUAAUGUUCGUCUGAUGAUUACUAUGUUGUUGUUACCUGCUUUUUGUGGCAUUUUCACUCGAGACUUUGUUAUAAUAAACAAUUGAUUUGAACUUCUUGAUAGGUUCAUGGAACUUGAACUUCUUUAUAAUAAGUUCUUUGAACCCUAGGUUAGUGGCUUGAAUUAUCUCAUGUUAUUUCUAGUUUCUUCUUGUGAAUAUCUUUUUGAUAUGAAUGGAUCAAUUUUGGAGCAAAUA